AUGGAUCUUGACGCGCGGCCGGCAGAGGAUGGCCGUUCAGCUGGUGCAGUGGCCACCAGAAACAUCAAUGAUGCUGAAAUCGAGCCUGUGUCGGCGAAAAACUACCUGCGGAUCCUGUCGUAUGGCGCCCGCGAUGGCGGCAUUGUGGCCAUCGCCCUGGGUCUAUUUUGUGCCAUGGGCUCAGGAAUCGCUCUCCCGUUGAUGAACAUCGUGUUUGGGAAGCUGGUCGGCACGUUCACCCAGUAUUUUGUCCCCGGCAACAGCGUCAGUGAGCAGAGCUUCAAAUCUACCGUCGACAAAGACAGUCUCUAUAUUGUGUACAUUUUUGUGGGCAAAUUCGUGCUCACCUAUGUUUCCAUGCUCUCGUUCCGAAUCGUCAGUCUUCAUGCAUCGGCUGCCUUGCGCUUGGAGUACACGCAGGCUCUGUUUGCUCAGCCCAUCAGUAAGCUGGACGGGAUUCCCGUGGGAACGAUCACCAAUGCCAUCACCGGGCUCUCCAACACCAUUCAGCAAAGUGUCUCCGAUCGGCUUGCUGUGCUGUUUCAGGGCCUAGCCCUUCUCAUAUCAGCUUAUGCGAUCGCAUUUUCGUACUCCUGGGCGCUCACGCUUGUGGUCAGUUCCGCCCUCCUGUUUGUUGUUCUGGGAUACUCGGUCACAGUCCCUUUGCUGGUCAAGGCACAGCAGGGUGUGGACAAGGCCGAUGACCAACAUGCUUCGGUCGCCGCAGAAGUAUUCAGCUCCGUCCGUACGGUAUUUGCGCUAGGUGCAGAGGCGUCGCUAACAAGGAAGUAUGUCGGAUGGACGGAAGAGGCUCAGCGACGGGGCCUCGGGAUAUCCGUCGUGCUGGGGUUCCAUCUCGCUCUGCUUUUCUUCGCUCUCUACUGCAGCUUUGCCCUGGCGUUUUGGUAUGGUCUAAAGCUGUAUCGGGAUGGUCAUAUUGCGAGCAUCGACAUUGUUAUCACGGUGUUCUUUUCCGUUUUAAUUGUGGUCGGCAUUCUGGGUAAUAUAGGGAACCCGAUCAUUAUUAUUUCAAAGGCCGUCAGCGCUUCCGGGGGACUUUUCGCCAUGAUAGACUCCGAACGGGUCCCAGUCGAUGGCCUUCGCGACGCAGAUGUGGCCGGUCAGUCAGAUAUCACAUUUGAUAACGUGACGUUUGCCUACCCGACACGUCCAGAUAUCAACGUUCUGAAAGGCUUUAAUGCUCGCAUGCAGAAAGGUAAGACGACUGCCCUGGUGGGGGCCUCCGGGUCGGGAAAGAGCACGGUUGUGGCGUUGAUCGAACAGUGGUACCGACUCGGGAACGGGGAUGGAAGCAUGGGGAAUAUCCAUGUCGGACAGCAUUCGAUCAGUGACUUGGAUACAAAGUGGUGGAGAUCUCGCAUCGGCCUGGUGCAGCAAGAGCCUUUCCUGUUCGACGACACGAUCUACAACAAUGUUUCUUUCGGACUCAUUGGGUCUGAGUGGCAGAAUGAGACCGAGGAAAAGAAAAUGGCAUUGGUUGUCCAGGCAUGCAAGGAAGCGUAUGCGGACGAAUUCAUCCAGCGUCUUCCACUGGGAUACUCGACGGUCGUCGGUGAAGGAGGUAUCACCCUCAGCGGCGGUCAGCGCCAGCGUCUCGCCAUUGCGCGUAGUAUUGUUAAAAGCCCGCCAAUCCUGAUCUUGGACGAGGCGACGAGCUCGAUUGACGUUCGUGGGGAGCGGUUGGUCCAGUCGGCCUUGGAUCGUGUGUCGAAGGAUCGCACAACAAUCAUCAUCGCUCAUCGUCUGUCAACAAUUCAUCGAGCAGACCACAUCAUCGUGAUGGCCAACGGAAUGGCCACCGAGGAGGGUUCCCAUAGCCAGCUGCUCGCGAUGGGAGGUGCAUAUCAUAGCCUUGUCCAUGCCCAGCAGUUGGACCCUCCCUCUGAGCUUUCUGCAGGAGCGGAGGAUGAGCAUGACUCCCCAAAAGAGAACCUCCAGGCCGAGGAAUACCCUGUCAUUCAAUUUGACGUUGUUGAGGGCGAGGGCGAUGGGGUUCAACCGAUGGAGAGGAAGGGCACGGGGUUCUUGAAAGGCUUUGUGACUGUGUUUAGGGAGCAGAGCAAUCACUGGGUACUGUAUCUAUUGACUCUCCUGGGGGCACUUGGUUCAGGAGCGGGGUUUUCCCUCCAAAGCUGGCUCGUUGCACGGCUGGUACAGGUCUUCCAGUUCACAGGUCAAAAGCUUGCCGAUGCCGCCAAUUUUUGGUCGCUCAUGUUUUUUAUCCUCGCCCUAGCGAUGGGGGUUUGCUACUAUGUGGUCGGAAUGGCAUCGAAUUCAAUAUCCAUGUUUGUGGCAUCUGCCUAUCGGCAGGAAUAUUUCCUGAACCUUCUGCGGAAGCCCGUGUCGUACUUUGACUCGGACGCCAACUCUUCAGGUACACUCGUUUCUCGGCUGUCCAUGGACCCCAAGCAGCUUCAGGAGCUGUUCGGGCCUACAGGGGCUUUCCCGUUGAUCUCCAUCUUCAAUAUCGCUGGGUGCGUCGCGAUAUCCUUUGCAUUUGGCUGGAAGCUGGCUGCCGUGGCGUUCUUUGCCGCGAUGCCAUUCCUGUUCUUUGCGGCCUUCAUGCGAAUUCGCUACGAGAUCAUGUUCGAGGCCAUGAAUGCCGAAGUGUACGCGAACAGCUCAAAGUUGGUCCUGGAGUCGAUAAGAGGGUUCCGGACGGUGACGGCACUGACCAUGGAGGAUCAAAUUAUUCACAAAUACUCAGAACUAUUGAAGGAUCAGCGGAGGAAGGCUAUCCGCAAGGCCUGGAUAGGAACCUUGGUGUAUGCGUUUUCAGACAGCGUAGAGUUGUGCGCGAUGGCACUGACGUUCUGGUACGGCGGACAACUUCUCGCCUCCCGGGAAUACGGGACGGUUGCUUUUUUCGUCGUGUAUAUCGCAAUCAUCCAAGGAGGGCAAUCGGCCGGGCAGUUCUUUAGCUUUGGUCCGAACAUCGCGCAGGCCAAGGCCUCAGCGAGUCGUAUUCUAGCCGAGAGAGCAGACUCCAACGAAACACAGCCGGAGACUCAAAGAAAAAUGGUGCCCUUUGACCCCAGCCAUGGCGCUGACAUUGAGUUCCGCGGAGUCGCCUUCCAGUAUCCGAUGCGUGCUACGCCGACAUUCCUCGACCUGAAUAUUUCGAUUCCCAGCGGAGGAUUUGUUGCCUUUGUGGGCGCGUCUGGCUGCGGCAAAUCCACGAUUAUCUCGCUACUGGAGCGGUUCUACGAACCCACCGCCGGGACCAUUCUUCUUGGUGGACGGGACAUCCGCUCCAUCGAACUGCCCUCCUAUCGUCGCGCUCUGUCCCUGGUGCCUCAGGAGCCCCGAAUCUUUGGCGGGACGGUCCGGGACAACCUCCUCCUCGGCCUGGAGGCGACCGGCGAAGAGUUGGAAGAGGCUAUGAUCCAGGCCUGCCAGGAUGCGGAGAUCCACGACUUCAUCAUGUCCCUUCCGGAGGGAUACGCCACAGAACUCGGUAUCAACGCGCAAUCCUCGCUCAGCGGGGGUCAAAAGCAGCGGCUGUGUAUCGCGCGGGCACUGCUGCGAAAACCCCGACUGCUGCUGCUCGAUGAGGCAACGUCAAGUCUAGACUCGCACUCCGAGAAGAUCGUGCAGAGGGCUAUGGAACGCCUGGCCGCCAAGCGAGACAUAACGAUCAUUGCCGUCGCGCAUCGAUUGGCCACCAUCCACAAGGCGGAUAUGAUCUUGGUCUUCGGCGAGAACUCUACCGGGCCGGGAUCGGGAAUCCUGGAGAUGGGAGGCCACCAUGACCUGCUGCGGCAGAAGGGGGUGUAUUGGGAAAUGUGUCAAGCACAGGCGUUAGACCAGUAGCUCUGGGCAGGGACUGCCUGGCGAUUGAGGGAUCACAGUGUAGAUAGAAAAUCGGUGCAACCAUUGAAUGUGGAUACUAGAAUUCCG